AUGCCCACCUCCCCAUCCCACCCCUCCCUCGUAUGGCCCCGCUCAGACGGCGACCCCUCACGUUGGCCACAAGUAUCCGCCCCGAGCGACACAGAUUGGUACUUUCAAGAAGUACCGGAGACUGAUGGCAGAUGGGUCUACUACGAACAGAAGACUGCCGAGGUCCUCUGCAGGCAUUUGGGGCUGGAUGUGGAUGUGACAAAACAGAGAAUGCCUCUGCCAGACGGUUAUAAGGUGUAUGCGCAUAGAAAGAGGCAGGGGGAUGGGUCCCUGAGAACUGAUUACUAUGUAUAUGGAUCAACAACGGUCCUUCGAUUCCGAAGCACCAGAGAAUUCGAACAACAUGCCAUUUGGCUCUUUGAUCCCUCCAUACCCUUGGAAGAACACGAGAAAUGCGGUUGUCCGUACGGCAAAUCCAAGAGAUCCUCCCGUCAAUCCUUGCCCGCAACUCUCAAACGCUCCCGCUUAUCUGCCGCUGCAUCCAUGUCUUCCGCCCCCGGUGCAGCCAAACGCCCUCGCCGCUCUCUCGGUGCUAUCGAGUACCGGCAUCAUAACACGCCUAGAAAGCGCACUCAGAGGCAGUUGACGGAGCAGAUGUCGGAUUUGGACGAUGAUAUUGAAGACCCGGAGGGACCUGAAAUACCGCCUACCGUGCCGGAUCGCGCAAACGAGCUGCUUUCGGGCCAGCGUUUCCGUCGCGGUGAGCUCAUAUGGUUCAAGUGCGGCCCCUUCACCGCCCCUGCCGGGACCGACACCCAAGGCGUCGGUCCUAUCGGUCUGUGGCCAGGUCUCGUGAGCAGUUAUGACCACAGAGUCCGCACUCUCUCCACCACCACCCGUAACGGCGACAUGACCCAGGUCAUUCUGCACUAUAUCGAAUACCACAUCCGGCCACUCGGUUGUCUGGACCCUAAGACGGAGGUGCGAAGAGACGCAAAGGAUCUCAUGCCGUGGCUGGGAGGAACAGGAUUGUUUGAAGGCGGGUUGGACCAGUAUGACGUGAUUGGAGACCAAGCGAUGGCUGCUCUGCGAAGAGGUGCAAACGCGGCGGCAGAGCAGAUAUUGUCGACGGGCGCAAAGACCAGGUCCGAGUUUGAGCAGAUGAUCAAGCUUUUGCCGGGAUGGGGUGACAAAUGGGGCAAGCCCUUGAAAUUUGAGGAAUUGGAGGACUGGGAUGUCAUUGUGAUGCGAUUAGCGUACGGGAUCAGGUUGGCAUCUAGUAUAGCGUCUUGCUGGACCCAAACGGACAAGAUCACGCCUCUGGAGGACGACCUUGAUCUGACGGAAGAAGACCACAUCGCUGUCAAGAAUCACGAAUUGUUCUUGUACCAGGGUCUGUACUCGGGCGGCGAGAGAAUAUGGUUGGAAGAUAUGGUCAGGAUCAAAAAGUCGCGGGCAGAGCUGUUUUCAGAGUCGCAUAUGCUGAAAGGGUCAAAUGGGUCAGAUUCGAGGUGUAUGACUCUCAUCAUCCGCAAGAUAUGCGUGGUGCCACAAUUAGAGCUCAGCGCCGAAGGCAAACGGGAAUAUCGCUGCAUUGUCUAUGGAGAUCUUUUUGAGCUUGAAGAACUUGAGAGCAAGUCGGAUGUUGAGAAACUGGUGACGGCCACAGGCGAGGAAGGCAUGGGCCAGAAACCAGUGGUAGAGGCAUACACGCCGCCAAAGGGAUUCCGGUAUAGGAAGCUCAACCCGGAUGAUUCAGAAACCAUGACUGACGUCUGCGAUAUUGCUGGAAGGAUGUAUCCCGACCUCCUCGAUUAUGACACACAAAAUUGGCUCAUCGACCCUUUGAACCCGGAAGUGUCAAAAGGCAGGCAGACGCCCGACGAUCAUCACUGGUCACUCAUGGGGCUUCGACCAGGGCUUGCAACUGCGUCAAUAUCUGCGACAUGGAAAAAGGAUUUGGCAAACGUUGUAUUUUUCGCUCCGCGGACAACUUGGGAGGAAAUGACAAAGUACUACGAGCGGCUUGUGAGGGACAGACUAGAGCUGGACAAGCUGGAAGGAUAG